GGUUUCCUUUGGGGGAGAUGGGCGGGGGGCAGACGUCCCUGGCCUCCUCCCUCUCUUCCUCCUCCUCUCUCACUUCAUUCGGGUUCACGCAGGAACAAGUUGCGUGUGUUUGUGAAGUUCUAGAACAAUCCGGUAGUGUAGAUAGAUUAGCCAGGUUUCUGUGGUCCCUGCCCCCUUGUGAGCAUCUUCACCGGAAUGAGAGUGUUUUGAAAGCCAAAGCUUUAGUUUAUUUUCACAGAGGAAACUUUAAAGAUUUAUAUAAAAUUCUAGAAGGGUUUUCGUUUUCUCCUCAUAAUCAUCCAAAACUACAGAUGUUGUGGAUGAAGGCUCAUUAUAUUGAAGCGGAAAAGUUAAGAGGAAGACCGUUAGGGGCUGUAGGAAAAUAUAGAAUACGAAGAAAGUUUCCUCUUCCACGAACUAUAUGGGACGGAGAAGAGACAUCAUACUGUUUUAAAGAAAAAUCCCGCCAGGUUCUACGUGAUUGGUACACCCAUAACCCCUAUCCGUCGCCAAGAGAAAAACGAGAAUUAGCCGAGGCAACGGGACUUACAACUACACAGGUCAGCAACUGGUUCAAGAAUAGAAGGCAGCGUGAUAGAGCCGCUGAAGGGGCCGGGCUGGGUCCAGAGAGCAUGCUCGGAGAUCGUCGUCACAAAGACGAAUUAGAUUCUGGGGAAGAUUCAGACAACGGCCGACACGAUAAUGACGAAGAUAUAUCCUCGUCCCCCGAAGGACCUCCUUACACCAAGAAGGUUCCCCACGGUCCGCCCUGUGAUCUGGACAAGCUGAAGAGCGAGGGCGGGAUGCCACACCCCCUCCUUUACCAGGGUAUGGGAGACGGGUACGGGAAGCUUGGCGGAGACAUGUACGGCGAUUACUCCCGCCUUUUCCAGGGGAGCGGCGGGGAUUAUUCAAAACUUCUCGGAGCCGGAGCUAAUGAUUAUAGUAAGCUUCUUGGAGCUGCUCCUAAUGGUGGUGAUUACGGAAAGCUGCUCGGUGCAGCUCCCCAGCAUGGUGAUUAUAGUAAGCUGCUAGGAGGGGGUUAUAAUCCCUUUAUGCAGGGAGGAUAUAUGAAUCACCAGCUAGCUAUGGGUCAACCCCAGAUACCAGGAAUAGUUCCUACAACAUACUAGAGGGUUAAUUACAGUACAUGCAAAAUGCAACUUAGUUUAUGUACAUUAGCGAGCCAUGUACUAACUAUCUUAAUAUACAAACAGAAGUAAAUUUUGUACAAGUAAACAAAAUAUACAAGUGUAUGUACACUUGUAAACCCUGUACAAUGUACAUGUAAAUCUGUUUUUAUCAAAACUGGUUCUGCUGGUUCCUAUGCUUCCACUCUAGUUCAUUUCUUCAUUCACUUCUUUGAUAUUCUUCAAAUUGUAGAUUGAAGAACAUGUGAUGUUAGCUCUUUAAUAAUUAACUAGUCAUCUGACCUACAAACCAUCCAAUCUACCUACAGACCAUCCAACCUACCUACAGAUCAUCCAACCUACCUACAGACCAUCCAACCAACCUACAGACCAUUCAACCAACCUACAGACCAUCCAACCAACCUACAGACCAUCCAACCUACCUACAGACUAUCCAACCUACCUACAGACCAUCCAACCAACCUACAGACCAUUCAACCAACCUACAGACCAUCCAACCAACCUACAGACCAUCUAACCUACCUACAGACCAUCCAACCAACCUACAGACCAUCCAACCAACCUACAGACCACCCAACCAACCUACAGACCAUCAUCUAACCUACAGACCAUCCAAUAAACCUACAGAUCAUCCAGCCUACCUACAGACCAUCCAACCUAUCUACAGACCAUCCAACCAACCUACAGACCACCCAACCAACCUACAGACCAUUUAACCAACCUAUAGACCAUCCAACCAACCUACAGACCAUAUAACAAACUAAACAACCAUCCAAAAAUUGAACCUAACAACCAAACAAUCAUCCAAAUAUUCAACCUAAAAGCCAUCCAACCAUACAACCAAACAACUAUACAACUAUCCAACCAUUCAUACUAACAACCAUCCGAACAUCCAACCAAAAACCUAGCAACCAAACAACCAUCCAACUAUCCACCCGUCCAACCAAAAAUCCCCUCACGACAGCUAAGUAUUGCUCAACCAUAAACUUCAUUUCUAUUUACAUUUAAUAAUUCCAAAUAAAUGAUAAUGCCAUAUUGGUUUUGAUAUUUUUUAAAGUUGGGUUAAAUUGUUAACCAAACUGUGAAAAAUUGAGUGUGAAUUAGUCAUAGAAAACUUGAAUUUGUACCCGCCAAGAAGUUUAAAUACGAUUUUUUCAAAGCAAAAUGAGUAAAUUUGCACCAAAAAAUUAUCCCCAAAAAUGUAAUCUAUUUCGUGUAAUAUGUAAUAUUUAAUAUGUAAAAAGUUUAAGCGGUUGUAUUACACUUUCUUCCCUUGAUAUUCAAUUAUUGUGUUAUAUAAGAAUAUAAUUGAUUUUAGAAUAAUAAUAUGUAUUU